AUGGCGUCCUCCGCGCUCGCCGCCGUGGCCUGGGCGAGCGCGCUUGGCGCCUCUGCCGUGUCGCUGUCGCAACCGGCUGGUCCUCGCUUCGGCCAGGGCACCGAGGAGGCCCCGGUGGCGGUGCCGCGGCCAGCGGACCUCUCGAGCUGGGCCAGCGGCCCUCUCUUCUCUAGGGGCCUGGACUCGAAGGCCAGCGGCUUCCACCACGCGGAGGUCAGGAGCCUCGUGGGGGACUACAACCUGAGCGUCGCCGCGUUUGACUACUGGGUGGAUCAGGGGGUCUCUGGCGGGCUUCUCGGCGGGUCUGGCUGGGAGACGGAGCGCAUCUCUGAGCUGUGCCGCCUGUACCGCUCGAACGGCGCCGUCGGCAACUUCCUCGACGUCGGCGCCAACAUCGGCACCUUCACCAUCCCGCUGGCGGACUGCAUUCGGAGCACUGGCGGCAGGGUGUUCGCCGUUGAGGGGAUGCCGCCCACGGUCGACCACCUCGCGGCGGGCAUCCUGGAGAACAAGCUCGAUAACGUUGACAUGUACAACUACGCCGUGGGCGCCCCAGACGAUCCUCCAAAGGUGACCAUGUCACUCAAUCCUGUCAACAAGGGCGGCUCCGCCGUCAAGGGCAACAAGCCGUUCACCGUGAUGGGCGAGGAGGAGUUGCAGAAGUUGUUCCAUCCGAGCAAGAAAGCGCAGACGUAUGCGGAGAAGGUUGCGGUGAUGGAGUACGAGGUGCCGCUUACCACUGGUGACCUCAUGCUCCAGCACAAUCCGGCGAUGAAGGCCAUCCACAUUGCCAAGGUCGACAUCGAGGGCCACGAGGGCCACUUCAUCAAGGGGUCCCAGCUCCUCUUCUCCGAGUUCCCCCCUUGCAUCCUGACCAUCGAGCUGAUCGAGGACUGGCUGGAGCGCGCUGGUACCCCAGCCGGGGAGAUCCUUGACCUGCUGGCCGGCUGGGGCUAUAAGAAUGUUCCCACCGCCGCCGAGCUCAAGAAGCGUGGCACACAGGGCCACACCCUUACCAUCCACCAGAAGCGAAUGGGGGCGUGCCUGAAUCGCGUGCGGUCAUUUGCGCAAGCUUGA